AUGGCCUUUAAAAUGCAUUAUACAGCCACAAAAAAAUUUGCCUUGAGUGUGGAUGAAUACUCUCGCAGUGCUGACUAUAAUGGGCUUUUGCAAAAUGUAUUUAAGCAGCGACCAUUUUCUUCCAUACUACUGCUGCAACGCCAAAAGGACUAUGAGGAUAUACACCAUCAGGCUUUUUAUCAGUUUGAUAUACCGAAAGUUAUCAUCAGCCAGGAACAGACAUUUGCCUUCAAAGAUUUCUACAACUCUGAAAUGUUAGUGAUUUUCAUAAUGUCUCAAGGCUUGGACUUUGAGAUGAUGCAGACUGCUGCCGACACCAUGAACUAUAUGCGCCAAAGCAGAAUUCUAAUGGUAGCGGAAAAUAUAAUGGAUGAGAAUAACUUCAAGAAGGAAUUUUUGCUAGUAUGCCAAAGUCUAAAAAUGACCAAUGUGUUUUUGGUUUUUUCUUUGGAACCAAAAGAAAAACUUGCUGAAUAUUUCACACUCAAUCCCUAUCCUGUAUACCAUUUGAGGAAAUGGCUCAACAAGGAUAUCACCUUUUUCCCAGAUCAUUGGCGCAAUAUGCAUAACAAAUCCCUGAAGACUUUUGUGGAUCAAUCUUCUAAAGGCAAUCUUGUUUUCAAGGAUCUAAAAGGAAAUAUCCAAAUCACUGGCUAUGUGGCCAACUUGAUUCUAUUAUUUGCCCAGUAUUAUAAUGCCUCUCUGAGUAUGCUCUACCCCUUGGUUGUGGGAGACAAGUUGCAUUUUGAUGUUGUGCAUCAAAUGGUUUUGGAUAAUCUAUUGGAUGUGCCCAUAGCUAUGACUCCCAUGGCACGUACCUUGACGCGCAAUGCCACAGAUUUCUAUGAAAUCAAUCAGCUGAUAAUGAUGGUGCCACUCUCCCAGCGUUUGACGGUGCACGAGAUAUAUGGUGUUCUGAUGAAUGGCUAUUUCUUUGCUUAUGUCUUAUUGGGCUCGUUGCUGUUGUCCAUAGUUCAUUGGCUAAUCCAUUAUAUGGGCUAUGGUGCCAGUGACGGCCUUGAUAUGUUGUUCAAUAGCAAGGUACUUCCUGGAAUUUUGGGUCUAUCAUUUUCCUCGCCACCCCAUCCUGCCAUUAGUAUGAAAAUUGUUUACUUGCUGCUGGGUUUUGUUGGCCUAUACACUACCACUUUGUUUGGGGCCACCAAUAAAACCCUCUUCACCACUUAUCCUAGCCAUGGGGAAAUUCAAACCUUUCAGGAUCUCAUGCAUACAUCCCUCGAACUAUUGGCCGUUGAGCAAGAUGUCAUACAUUUCUAUCAAAUGACCGAGGGUGCUCCAAAAGUUCGCAUCAAACUGGGUAAUGUAUCCUAUGUGCAAGAGCAACGUACGAAACUCAAUCCUGCGUUUUGUUAUAGCAGCACCUCAACAUUCUAUGAUACACUCAGGCGCCAACAACAGUUUUGGUCACGUCCCACUUUCUAUGCCCCCAAGGAUAUGGUGCUGCUGAGUUUGCUGCCCUGGAGUUUUCCGCUGCAAUUUAAUUCGCCAUACCUGCAACCUUUAAACUAUCUAAUUCAUCGGGUGCAUGCAGCCGGUUUGGUUCAGGCUUGGCGCAACAGUUUAUUCUAUGAUUUGUUGAAGCUGAAAGAAAUCUCCAUAAAAGACCGAAAUCCUUUGCCAGGCCCAAGGGUGCUUAAGGUGGACGAUUUGUUUUGGGUUUGGAUGAUUAUGGUCAUUGGCUUGGCAGCAAGCACUUUGGUUUUGGUGUUUGAGUUGUGCCAUGCUCGUCAAAGUCGGUUGUGGGUUAGUGGCACUUAA